UGCCAGGGCCGAAGGCUGCCAAGCCCUGCCCGGCCCGAGGCGCACAGAGCAUGGCCCGAGGCGCUGAGCGAGGCCGUGGGGACGCGGGUUGGGGCCUGCGCGGUGCCCUGGCGGCCGUGGCGCUGCUCUCGGCGCUCAACGCUGCGGGCACGGUGUUCGCGCUGUGCCAGUGGCGCGGGCUGAGUGCGGCGCUGCGGGCGCUAGAGGCGCAGCGGGGCCUGGAGCAGCGCGAGGACAGUGCCCUGCGCUCCUUCCUGGCCGAGUUGAGCCGCGCGCCGCGCAGGGCGCCCGCGCCACCCCAAGACCCGGCAAGCUCAGCUCGCAACAAACGCAGCCACAGCGGGGAGCCGGCGCCGCAUAUCCGCGCCGAGAGCCAGGACAUGCUGAUGAUGAUGACCUACUCCAUGGUGCCGAUUCGAGUGAUGGUGGACCUGUGCAACAGCACCAAGGGCAUCUGCCUCACAGGACCUCCUGGACCACCAGGACCUCCAGGAGCUGGCGGGUUGCCAGGACACAAUGGAUCAGAUGGACAGCCUGGGCCUCAGGGCCCAAAAGGAGAAAAAGGAGCAAAUGGAAAAAGAGGAAAAAUGGGGAUACCUGGAGCUGCAGGAAAUCCAGGAGAAAGGGGAGAAAAGGGAGACCAUGGUGAACUGGGCCUGCAGGGAAAUGAGGGCCCACCAGGGCAGAAGGGAGAAAAGGGUGACAAAGGAGAUGUGUCCAACGAUGUGCUCCUGGCAGGUGCCAAAGGUGACCAAGGCCUACCCGGUCCACCUGGGCCCCCAGGCCCUCCAGGGCCUCCAGGCCCCCCUGGAAGCAGAAGAGCCAAAGGCCCUCGGCAGCCAAACAUGUUCAACGGCCAGUGCCCAGGUGAGACGUGUGCCAUACCAAAUGAUGAUACCUUGGUUGGAAAAGCUGAUGAGAAAGCCAGUGAACACCAUUCCCCACAAGCAGAAUCCAUGAUCACUUCCAUUGGAAACCCAGUGCAAGUGCUGAAAGUGACAGAGACAUUUGGGACUUGGAUAAGAGAAUCUGCUAACAAGAGCGAUGACCGGAUUUGGGUGACAGAGCAUUUUUCAGGCAUCAUGGUGAAGGAAUUCAAGGACCAGCCCUCACUUCUGAAUGGCAGUUACACGUUCAUCCACCUUCCGUAUUAUUUCCACGGCUGUGGGCACGUUGUUUACAACAACUCUCUCUACUACCACAAAGGGGGUUCCAACACCAUAGUGAGAUUUGAAUUUGGCAAGGAAACAUCCCAAACUCUGAAGCUUGAAAAUGCCUUGUAUUUUGAUCGAAAGUACCUUUUUGCAAAUUCCAAGACUUACUUCAAUCUAGCUGUAGAUGAAAAGGGCCUUUGGAUUAUCUAUGCAUCAAGUGUGGACAGCUCAAACAUUCUUGUAGCACAACUGGAUGAGAGGACAUUCUCAGUGGUGCAACACAUCAAUACCACGUACCCCAAAUCCAAGGCCGGCAACGCCUUCAUUGCCCGAGGAAUCCUCUAUGUGACAGACACCAAAGAUCUGAGGGUCACAUUUGCCUUUGAUUUGUUAGGAGGGAAACAGAUCAAUGCAAACUUUGAUUUAAGAACUUCUCAGUCUGUUCUUGCCAUGUUAGCAUACAACAUGAGAGAUCAGCAUUUAUAUUCAUGGGAAGAUGGCCAUUUAAUGCUUUAUCCUGUGCAGUUUUUGUCAGCUACCUUAAAUGAGUGAUGUGCUGCAUUCUGCUCCCUUCAGCAAAUUUCAGGUGUUUUCUGGGACCAAUUCUCUGCCAACAGGAAACUUGUUUUUUUAACGGCAGCCAGAUAUUUAGAACAUAACCUCAUGAUAUAAGUGUUUAUAUGGUCAGUGAGCCCCCCUUAGUGAAAUAGCAACAGAUUGGAAGUUGAAAUGGCUGAAAUGUGGUGAUUUCCCCACAACUGGCUCUGCAAGUUACCUCUUUCUCCUUGGGCCUUAGUUUCCCCAUUGGUAAUCUGAACCAUCUGGCUAAGAUGAUUGGGAAGAUUUUCUCUACCUGUAGGAAAUUUAGUGAUUCUUGGCGGCUUCUCUUUUGACAACUUUUAUGUAUCUGCUUCUGUUGUUUAGCUUUUUUAGCCACAUGCUGACCAAAUUUCCCUUUGAGUUGAGAAGUCCAGUGGCUUGAGUAGUGAAUCCCUCAGUGCUGACUUAGAUCUGGUUCUUUGAAAAGGUGCAUUAAGUCUUUAAAGCAUCUAAAGUAUCACAUUAUCCAUAAUUUAUUGCUUUUCUUUGCAUCUGCACCUGCCACCACAGAAUAACCAUUACCCUCAGCUACUGACUGGGCAGCUCUGAGAUUAGCAAAAGCCAGGGACAGCUACAUGUUCAGGUUUUUUUUUUAAUAAGCUAUUUUAUUUUUCUUUUCUUGUUUCAAAUAGAGAGUCUUGCUAUGUUUCCCAGGCUAGUCUUGAACUCCUGGGGCUCAAGUGAUUC